UACACACACACGCACACCAUCUCUUCGCAGACUUCACAAAAUACUUUGAAAAAUGGGAAAUCUGCCAUACAAAGCUGUGAAUCUGGGAAAUUGGCUCGUCACAGAAGGCUGGAUGGAACCAUCUCUCUUUGAUGGAAUAGUCAACAAAGAUCUCUUGGAUGGAACUCAAGUGCAAUUCAAGUCCACCAAGUUACAGAAGUUUCUGGUGGCUGAAAAUGGAGGAGGAACUGAUGUUUUCGCCAACCGCGAUGCAGCUUCUGGUUGGGAAACUUUCAAGUUAUGGAGGGUCAGCGAUUCCUCCUUCAAUUUCAGGGUGUUUAACAAGCAAUUCAUUCGUUUAGACGGUACGAACAAACUAGUCGCAACUUCUAACUCACCCAGCAACCCAGAAACGUUUCAGAUUAUAAGGAACAGUGACGACCCAUCCAAAAUUCGUAUCCAAGCAUCAAACGGUCUGUUCCUACAGGCUCAAUCGGAGACAGUGGUGAGUGCUGAUUUUCAAGGGUCAACCAACUGGGAAGAUGGUGACCCAUCUGUAUUCCAUAUGACAAUUGUGAAAGGUUCGACAUUACAAGGUGAGUAUCAGAUUACUAAUGGCUAUGGCCCUCUGAGAGCUCCUCAAGUCAUGCAGGAUCAUUGGAAUACGUAUAUCACUGAAGAAGAUUUCAGAUUCAUGUCGGAAAACGGGUUGACAGCUGUUAGAAUUCCGGUUGGUUGGUGGAUAGCCCACGAUCCCAAUCCUCCUAAACCUUUCGUCGGAGGAUCUCUGGCAGCACUGGACAAUGCUUUCACUUGGGCCCAAAACCAUGGGAUGAAAGUGAUAGUGGACCUUCAUGCAGUUCAAGGUUCGCAAAAUGGGAAUGAACACAGCGGAACAAGAGACGGAUAUAUUGAAUGGGGAGAAUCAUACAUCCCAGACACCGUCGCAGUAAUUGAAUUCUUAGCAAAAAGAUAUGGGAACCAUCCUAGUCUAGGAGGAAUCGAACUGAUGAACGAGCCGACAUUAGGGCCGAAUCUGGAUAGCCUGAGGAAGUAUUACCAGCAAGCUUAUGAUGCAGUGAGGAAAUACUCUGAAACAGCUUAUGUGAUCUUGGCAAAUCCAAUGGAUCAUGAUUCAAAAGCACUUCUCUCAUUUGCUGGGAGAUUCAAUCGAGUAGUGAUCGAUGUUCAUUACUACAAUCUGUUUUCGGAUCAGUUCAAUAACAUGAACGUGCAACAACACAUCGAUUUCAUAUAUAACCAGAGAGCUUCAGAUCUUAGCAGCAUCAGAACCAUCGAUGGUCCUCUUAAUUUUGUAGGGGAGUGGACGGCGGCGUUGAGCUUACAGGGAGCAACGAAGGAAGAUUACCAGAGAUUUGCAAAAGCCCAAUUGGAUGUGUACUCUUCGGCGUCUUUUGGAUGGGCCUAUUGGGCCUACAAAUGUCAAUAUGACCAUUGGAGCCUGAAGAAAAUGAUUGAGAAUGGUUAUAUAAAGCUUAAGCAAUAGCACCAAGCAUGUCCUGAUCCUUAUAAAUUUUCAGAGACCGAAACUCACCUAAAUUUUAUGU